AUGGCGCGUAAACCCAAGACAAUACCCGGUCCUUCACGGCUCUCUAAAAUACUCGCCAACCUCAAUGCUUCGCCACGGCUAGAGUUGUCCAACCUACAAAGCAUCAAGCUCACCUUAGCCUCAAAAAACGAUCACUUCGGCGCGCGUCAUUUUCUGAAGGAAGAGCUCCCUCGUAUUCGAUGGGCGAACCCGACACUGGACAUUGAAGUCGAAAAGGUUCCAAAGACUAUCAAAGAAGCAUGGAAACCUGAGCUCGAAUUGCGCUUCACCAAUGGACAGGCACAGACCCUUGACCUGCAUGGCAAGUGGUCAACAACGAUUGUCCGAGAGUUAAUGGAUACUGCUGGGGCGAGGUCAUGGUUCGCGUGGAAGGAAGAGAGUGCGGCCACUGACUCUCCGCUUCUACGCGGAGAAGAGCGUGCACCCGAACCGGUGGAGGCUUCACCGAAACCUCUGCCUUCGCUAGCCGCAUUCAGAGCGCGACAAGGACAGGAUACAUCCACGAAGGUCGAGGGUUCCGCACCAGCAACUCCCCAAGACCCACCACCAGCUACUGAAUCUAUAUCUGCGAAUGCUUAG